AAUAUAGUUAAACAUUACUACUUAAAAUAAUAUAUAAUUUAUUUUUAGGUCUAAAAUAUUUUCUACAAUGAAAAUGGUUUUGAUUCAUGAUAAAUAUUGUUAUAACAAUGAUUAAGUUGGAAAGCAAAAUGUCCUGAUUUUAAUCUGAAGCUCACAUAAAAGAUUAGUAUGAAUAAUCAAGAUCUGAGUAUUAAAGCAGCUCUUGCUUCAUAGUCUGUUGACAUCAAGUUGUUUGUUACAUCUUCAUUGGAAACAUUGAGGUUAGAUAAAAACAAGAUUUGAGACAAACUACGGGUUUGUUCAUAUUUAGUUCAUGAUCAUGAUGCCAUUAACCGUGGAAAAUGUCUGUGCUGUUGUAUUUGGGACUGCUAUAGUUCUGAUUGCUGGUCUGUUGUGGAAGAGAAUCAGUGACAGAUACAACCGUGAAAACCCACCGUUGAAAUGGAAGAGGGUGGGACAGGUGAGUGGAUUGACAAUAUACCCACUCAAGUCUGGCCAUGGGAUGUCUGUCAGAACUGCUCAGUGUGACACAAUGGGUCUAAUAGACGUUGAAAAUCCACAUCUUCAUUUACAAGACAGGAAGUUCAUCGUCUACAACAGUAAGAAGAAUACAGCAGUGACAGGCCUGGUAGAUCCAAGAAUGGUAUUGAUGGAGGCACAUGGUGAUGUUGGUAACACUGUCAGGUUGAGUUUCCCAGGCCAACAAGACUUUCUGCUUUAUCUAUCAUCUAUUGAUACGAGUAAAAUAGUUCUCUUAAACCGGUGGUGGGGAGAGACUGUUGCAGCGGUGGACUGUGGAAAUGGUGUUGCAUGUUGGCUUUCGCAAACUCUCUACAGCAAUGCAGACUUGCGGUUGGGCUAUUUUUCUCGUCCCACAGUUCCGCUCAGAACUGUUAGCCAUGGUUGGACACAGUUUGCCAAACUGUACACCCGACUACGUAGUGAAUACUUAGGGGCGUAUUCAUACUUAGCUAGUUACCUGAUAAUUACAAAAGAAUCAAUGGACGAUAUUAACAGUAGACUGGAUCAACCUGUGAGUGAAAGAUGUUACCGAGCUAACAUUAUAGUGAAGGGUUCUCCAGCAUACUGUGAGGAUGACUGGGACUGGCUACGUCUGGGAGACUCAGUGAUUAUGAGAGGCUUCAAGCCUUGCACCAGAUGUGCAGUCACUGCUAUUGAUCCUGACACUGGAAAAUUUAAUCCUCACUUUGAACCUUUACGUACUUUGAAAAGGUACAGGCAGCUUAAGAGUAAAGAAGAGAGGGAGUUAUCAGGAAGUGAGCCAGUGUUUGGUUUGUAUGCAGGACUACAUAUACCUGGAAUUGUGAGAGUGGGAGACCCUGUAUACAUUGGCACAUCUGCAAAAUAAACCCAAAUAAAUAUUUAUACAUGUAUUACAUAAAUAAUGUGUAAUAAUUUUAUAUAUAAAUUCAAUUUAAUUAUAUUAUCUCCAGAAAAACAGCUAAACAUAAUUAUAAAAAUACCUUUUUUUAUUGUCUUAUAAAUAGUUAUCUCUUCUCCCUUUAUCUUCACAGUUUAAAUUUUUAUCGUUUCUGCUUAUUACUGUAAUUUUCUUCUCUCUCUGUAUUAUUUUUAUUGUUUUUAACUAUUCUUCAUGAAUGAAAGAAAAUACCUCUUUAUUUUGGGCGUAUCUAAGUUACGAACAGUUUUACUUACAAACUAUCAUCAUAAUAACAGUACCUAACUUAUCCUAAUUACAAUAUAGAAGAAAGGGAAACUUUUAGGGUGUAGCAGUUUUUGUAAACAUUUGUUUUAGUAAUUUUAAUUCAGUUGCUAUGUAAACAAACGGAAAUCUUGUUUAUACUCCAGAGUGUUACAUUCAAUAUCAUAUAACUUAUUUUGAUUUUCUCCAUAUAAUAAAUCAUUUAAUAAAGAAAAAGUAUUUAAUUCCAACAAGGAUACACGCAAUUACCUCUUUAUUGGUGACGGCGAUUGCAAGAACAUGGAUGAAUUUCAACAUCAACUUCAAGAUAUUCAAGAACUAAUUCAACACAUUAAAGUACAACUUACAACCACAACUGAAGCGCAUUCUUCCUAUACAAAGAGUAAGUGUAAAAUUAACUCCAUUUUGGAAACAUUCUUCUUCUCUUUGGUUUGCUCAAACUAAAGCUCAAUUUUAAAUUGAAAAUAUAUCUUCAAAAUUAACUAAAUAUUCACAUGUCCUCAUAGCCGUAUCUAGAAUGACCUAAUUGGGGGGAGGGUUACCACUAAAACUUUUUCCGUAUUUUCCAGUCAAGCUGGGAUUCGGAGCACCCCCCCCACCCGGAAUAUAUUAAAUGCUAAUAAUAUUAAAAAUUGUAUGUUUGACAGCCGUCUGAGAGCAUUAUUAUUUUAUGCUCUACAAAAAUGGCUUUAACAUAAGCAAACAUUUACACUCUCGGAGACUGCCCGAUAACACAAAAACAUUUGAAGAAAAUGACGCUGUAUUAAUGAGAAUAAAAGAGGCUAAAAAAAUUGCUAUAUCUUAAGAACUAAAAGACACAUCCUCCACCUUUUACCUAGAACUUACACAUUCUAAUAUGAGCUUCCAGUAUA